AACAACAACGCCAAAGGAUAAACUCUACAUUCAAAUUCAACCGUUUUUCGUGUUUUUAGUCUAUUUAGGAAAUAACUUACUAUUUUGACUAAUUAACUGCUCAAUCCGCAAUGAAAUACGAUUCAGUGCCUAUUUUAGAAAUAGCAUUAAACAUACAAGUUAACACUGACGAAACAUGCUCCCGAAUGGUUCAAACAGUGCUUGAGGUCUUACUUUUUCAGCGCAGUCAAAUUCCAUUCUGUUACAAUGUGUUUAAAUCAAUUGUUCGAAAAAUUUCCGGCCAUACAAGAGAAUCCGAUCAGCUUACCGAAUGGAGCAAUUAUAGACUAACAAAACAACGAGCUACCGUGCAGGAGGCAGCCGAAACAAUAGAGCUACUAUUCAAACAACUGUCGGAGGCUGUGCAGAAAAGCAAAGCAGGUUUACAAUUCAUGAUUUUAUUUGGAUCCACAGUAUUUACGGCAAAAGAAGCAUUUCUAAUCAAUGUCCCGGAAGUUAACAAACAUCAUUACCCUCAGUACCAUCGACAUUCGAUGGAGACAAUAUUGAAGCAAGUUGCAAUGAAAAUAACUGUUGCUGAAGAACUACACGAUAAACCAAAAGUAACCGGUCCUACUAAUACAUUCUUGCUCAUGGGCUUAAAUUCAGACAGUUCUGCGCAACUGCUUUCCGAGGAACAUGAGAAUUGGCAAUUAAUAAAUGAGUACAAAUUGCCAGUGAAUUGCAAGCAAUACGUGAUAAACCUUUCUAAUCAAACAGGUAAUAAUACACGAUUACACUGUUGUAAAGAAAUGGAAGUUUUCAAUGAUCAACUGAAGGACCUAGGUAUUGCGAAACAGUCACGUGAAUGUUUAGAUCUAGAAAGUGGCGCCCCCGAGAGACCAGAAAUUCAGACAAGUAAUGUUUGGCUUCAAAUUGGAAACUGCGUAAAAGGUUUGAAAACCGAGUUAAUUCAAGGAAAACCAAUAUGGUAGAGAAAGUAUUGUUUUAAAAACUUCUGAGAUAUUCUAACAAUUUAAUUGCUACUAGUAAUACAAAAUGUU